AUGAAAAAAAUAUAGAAUGAAUUUUUCUUUAAAAGCUUGUUUAAAGAUAGAAAUGAUUAAUUUUCAUAAAUUAAAAUGAAAUAGUGUCUUCAAAUGAUUGGAUUUUAUAUCUCUAUAACUAAAGUUAUGAAUUAAGAAGUAGUCACAUAUCGUAAAGGUGUUUGUGCAUGUGAAGAAUUAAAUGAAAAAGAAUGUUUAUCUGAAACAAGUAUUAUGUAGGGAAGAUGCGAUUUUGAAAAAGGAAAGUGCAAAAGUAGGAAAUGCGAAGACAUUCAUGAUAUAUUCCUUUGCAGAUAUAUAGAUUGCUAAGUUAAAGGUGAGAAAUGCUAAAAAAUAUAAAGCUGUAAUGAUUAAACUGAAGAAGAGUGUAAAAGUGUUUUCAAUUAUGAAUGCAUUUAUGAUUCAUAUUUAAAAAGAUGUUUAAGUUUAUAUGACUCAAUACCUGAUGAAACUAUUCCAACUUGUGCUGAACGUCCUAUCGAUUAAUGUUUUAUUGGUAGAGAAGGUCUUUGUAAUGUUAAUGAUAAUAAAUGUUAAGAAAUGACAGUAUGUGAAGAUGUAAAAUUAGAUUAUCCAUGCUAUAAAACUUAUCCUGCUUGCUUAAUGAAUCCUUCUAUUGCUUGCAUAACAGAUGAUAAAUGUGAAAAUUCACCCAAUCCAACAUGUAAAGCAAGAAAAUUAAAAAUUAAUGGAAAUCAAUACAUAAUUUGUAAGGAAUUAGAGGAUGGUAGUUGCGUAAAUUUUGAUCCUUCUAAAGAAAACGAAGAAACAUGCUACACUCAAUCUCAACUAUUUUAUCAUUGGGAUGGUAAAAGUUGUGUUAAAUGUAAUGGAUAGUAAGCCAGUUCCAUUGAACUUACAAUUUAUAUUAUGUUUAUAUUCCUUCUUAAUAACUUAUGA